AAUAUAAAAUUAUAACAAUCGGUCCACCUACCUAGAAAGUUGCUUUCUAACUUUAAACUCGUUUAAUUACAUUGAAUCAAAGCUUUUGUAAAAAGUUAUCAAAUUCGUUGUGAACUCAAAGCUUGAAUUUCAUCAAAAAUGUUUAAAUCAUCUCCAUUCGAUAAAACUUUAGAAACUGCAACAUCUCACUUAAAGUUGGAGCCUGAUUGGGCAUCGAUUAUGGUGAUUUGCGACUUGAUUCGUCAGAAUGAUAUCACGCCAAAAUAUGCAAUUCUACAGAUAAAGAAAAAAAUGUUCUCGACAAAUCCACACACCGCUCUUUAUGCUUUGAUGGUGCUUGAGUCUGUUGUUAAAAACUGUGGAUCUCCAAUUCAUGAAGAAAUUUCCAACAAAUCUAAUUGUGAAACUUACACCCAACUUGUUCAGCAAACAACUCACGAAAAUGUUAGAAACAAAAUGCUUGAACUAAUACAAACCUGGUCUUUUGCUUUCCGCACAGCUCACAAAUAUCGUGGAAUUAAGGAUACAAUGAACAUUUUGAAAACUGAAGGAUAUAAAUUUCCUGAAAUGAAAGACGUAUCAGAUAAACUCUUCGUAUCUGAUGUUGCACCAGAAUGGGCUGAAGGUGAUGUUUGCCAUCGUUGUCGAGUUUCAUUUUCUCUUGUCCAACGAAAGCAUCAUUGUAGAAAUUGUGGACAAGUUUUUUGUGGUCAAUGUUCAAGUAAGACAAGUACAUUGCCUAAAUUUGGAAUUGAGAAAGAAGUUCGUGUAUGUGAUGGAUGUUAUGAUCAAUUACAACGUCCAUCAACAUCAUCAAUUAUGCCGUCAUUAAAAAAGGAAGAAGAGGAACUUCCUGCUGAAUAUCUUGCUUCACCAUUAGCUCAACAAAGUCAACAACCAGUUCGAAAGACAGAAGAAGAAUUGCGUGAAGAAGAAGAACUUCAACUUGCUUUGGCUUUAAGUCAAUCGGAAGCUGAGUCAAAGAAACAACAAACGUUUGUCAGAACUUAUCCAAAGUCGCCAUCACCUGAAAUGCGACUCUCGCCAACACCUGUUGAACCAGAAACACCAUCCGAUCCCGAAUUAGCGAGAUAUUUAAAUAGAGGAUAUUGGGAGAAUCGACAAAUUAAUGAAAAUCCUGCAAGUCCAUCAGCACCAAGUCCGAUGGCAUCAUCAAUCAUUUUAAACAUUCAGAAAUCUUCGAACGAUCAAGACAUUGAGAUUGAUGAUUUUACCUCAACAAUGCGUACUCAAGUUGAAAUAUUUGUUAAUCGUAUGAAAUCAAAUUCGAGUCGUGGUCGCAGUAUUGCUAAUGACACAAGCGUUCAGACAUUGUUCAUGAAUAUAACAUCAAUGCAUUCACGUUUGUUGACGUACAUUAAAGAAAUGGACGAUAAGCGCUUAUGGUACGAACAACUCCAAGACAAAUUAUCUCAAGUAAAAGAUUCACGAGCUGCUUUGGAUGUUUUAAGACAGGAGCAUCUUGAGAAGCUUCGUCGUAUUGCAGAAGAACAAGAACGACAGCGUCAAAUGCAAAUGGCUUAUAAAUUAGAAAUCAUGAGGAAAAAAAAGCAAGAAUAUUUGCAAUAUCAAAGGCAACUCGCUUUACAAAGAAUUCAAGAACAAGAACGGGAAAUGCAGAUACGUCAGGAGCAACAAAAAGCUCAAUACAUGAUGGGUGCUAAUAAUUAUGCUCCCUAUAUGUCCCCACCAUCCACAGGAUCGCCUAUGCACGGGUCUAUGCAAUUUGGUCAAUUUCCAGUUUAUCCUGGCAAUCCACAAAUGACUCAAGGAUCAUAUGGACAGAUGCCAAUGUCAGGUCAAGGAAUCUUUCCAAAUCAACAUCAACAACCGAACCCUCAAAGUGCAUUUAUUCCCAUCAAUCCAGCUCACAAUACAAUGCAUGCUGGUGCUGGUGGAGUUCCAACCUUAAUGUCGAAUGCACCUUCCGCAAUAAAUCAACAACAACAGCAAACUUUAGGUGCAACUGGUGCAAACAAUCAUAUGAUGGCUCAACACGGUCCACAAAUACCAAUGAUGCAACAUCAAGUCCCAAUGCAACAGCAGCAGCAACAACAAAUUCCUGUUACAUCAACAACAGCACCACCACCAAUAAUGACGCAACCUCAAACAAAUCCCAAUGUUCAUCAACCACAGUUAGGUCAGAUGCCACAGAAUCAAAUUUAUCAAAGUGUUCAACCACCAGUAACACAACAAAUCACUCAAUCUGGUCCACCUGUUGCUCCACAAGUUCCAACAGAAGCUGAACCUGAGAAACCUAAAGAAGUUGAAACAGCGGAACUGAUAAGUUUUGAUUAAAAUAAAAUGGUAGCAAUUUCAAUAUUUCAUUUAUUAUAUCUUUUCCAUUAAUUAUGUUAUGCAACAAAUAUUAUUAUAAACCACUAACUAAUAUAAUCAAAUAAAAGUUUCAAACUCCAAGCUUCGAAUUUAAA